AUGGAGAGAGUGUGCGAAUGGAUACCGGACCCUAAGCUAACAUAUUCUUUUCCUCAAAUUGCAGGUCCUUUGACGGAGGUGUGGGGCGUUGUGGGGGGGAAGGUGCUCCUGCCGUGUGACAUGAACCCUCCCCUGCAGAACGACUCCACCCACCUCGUCCUCUUUUACCACGGAGCCCUUGGGACGCCAAUCUACAGCCUCGACUCCCGCGGCAAGAGCCUGGAGCACGCGAGCCACUGGGCGGAGCAGGACCUGGGCCACCGGGCGGUCAUGAGGGUGAACCGCAAGCAGCACGGGCUCCUCCUCGAGGACAUCCAGCUCAAGGACCAGGGCAUGUACCGGUGCCGCGUGGACUUCGUCGAAAGCCCCACCAGGAACGUGCGGGUACGCCUCAGGGUCGUCGUCCGUCCGCGCAGCAUGACCAUCACCAACGACCUUGACCCCAGCCACAAGGUCGGCUCCGUCGUGGGGCCUUUCGCCGUGGGCGCCGUCGUCAACAUCUCCUGCCAGGUGCUGGGAGGUCACCCAAGGCCGAAGGUCACGUGGUGGGAAGGCGGGUCACUCUUGGAUGAUGUGAACGAGCUCAACGCAAGUCACGUGAUCAGGAACACGUUGUCGCUCCCCCCUCUGACCCGACGGGACUUGCACAGGAACAUCACGUGUCAGGCUCGGAAUUCCAACUUGGUUUCGCCCAUGACGAGCACGAUUACGCUGGACAUGCACUUUCCCCCGACCUCCGUCCGCACGGGUGGGGAGGUUCAGACGGGGUUUCAGGACGAAGGGGGGGCGUGCGUACCAGCUGGGGGUUCGGGGUUUCAUUGGGGCCGGCGACCGGGUGCCUUACACAGUAAUCCUGAGCGUAAGCAGUGCUCGCCUGGUCUCAUCCUCUUAAUGACGACUUCUGAAGGCGUGGCGGCCGGAGUACGAGAGAUCUUGGCCGCUUUGCUCAGGCGAAGGGGCGAGUCAUAA